AAACAGUGAGCGUCUUUGCCGGCUUCUCUCACAUCACUCAUCGCUUCGACGGCUAGGCGGAUCGUCGUCCGCUUCUACUCCUUCCAUCGAAAGCCUGACUUGACGCGGCGGCCAGUUUCCUCCAAGAGCAUCCCCCCCGUUUAUCGUUUCACCCUUCGUCUUCUCGUCAGCGAAAUCAUCGUAGCAAGACCAUCAAUCAUGGAGGUCGAAAUUGUUAACGUCGGUUCGAACAAGCCUGUUGCCAAGCUUCACGGGCUGAGCCAAAGUACAACAAUUUUGGAAGUCAAGAAACAGCUGCACCGUCUGAAGCCAAAGCUUUACCCUGACAGGCAGUGCAUCAAGAGUGACCCAAAGUCGAAAGCACUGAAAGACGAGAGCACUCUCGGAGACCUCAGGCUUCAGUCUGGUGACCGGCUGUACUUCAAGGACCUGGGCCCACAGAUCGGUUGGAAGACGGUGUUCCUGGUGGAAUACUUUGGACCCUUGGCCCUGUACCUGCUCACAGUUUCUCGGCCAGCAUGGAUUUACGGGCAGUACGCAUCUCGUCACAACAUGGAUGUUGCCGUCAAAAUCGCAGCUGGCUGCUGGACGCUCCACUAUGUCAAGCGGCUACUGGAGACUCUGUUCGUUCAUCGCUUCUCGCACGGCACGAUGCCCAUCAUGAACCUCUUCAAGAACUGCUCCUACUACUGGCUCUUUGGGCUGUACAUUGGCUACUACAUCAACCACCCCCUGUACACCCCACCCGCGCUCGGACCCGUGCAGGUCUACGGUGGCCUGGCCGCAUUUUUGUUUGCUGAGCUUGGCAACCUGAGCAUCCACCUUGCUCUGAGGAACCUCAGGCCCCCUGGCACCAAGGAGCGCCGUAUCCCGCGGCCAACGAGCAACCCCUUCACCCUGCUGUUCGAGUUUGUCUCCUGCCCCAACUACACGUACGAGGUCAUGGCCUGGAUCUCAUUCACAUUCAUGACCCAGUGCCUGCCCGCUGGACUGUUCACACUGGCCGGCUUCUACCAAAUGACGGUCUGGGCCCUGGGCAAGCACCGCCAGUACAAGGCCGAGUUCUCGGACUACCCGCGCCAGCGCAAGGCCAUCCUACCUUUCCUCAUAUGAUGGGCAAACUCUUGGUUUCGCUUCUUCUCUUGUCUAGUGCGCGUCUUCAUGUUUCGUGGGUUUCUUUCCAUUGUUCUUUCUUCUUUCUGUGGUGGUCUUUUUGUCUGUUUCAUCCUGUUUAAUAUAAUGUGCACACACCAUCAUCUUGUCUCCCACUUCCAAGACAACAUUCCGGUGGCCAAGUAUCAAGGACCAAGGAAUACUCGACCCAUGUCGUACUACUUUUCUGCCAGUACUUCUGUGGGAAUGUCUAUAAAAGUAUUUCUUCAUCCAUAAAA